AUGACUAAUCCUUAUAUAGAACUUGCUAACCAUUAUAAAAAUAGAAUACAAGAAGAUGCGUAUCGACAAAAUCGCAAUCACAAACAACUUGGAAACCUCAGGUUUAACCCCAAAAUCAAUAUUGAUACAGUACUCGCUGGGAAAGAUGAAGAUGAUCGAUUAGGAUGCUGUAUUGUUGCACGCCCCACUGAAAAUGUUAAAUCACUUAUAUCUUCAAUUCAAGAUAAGCUACUGGAAUCUGUGUCAAAUUCCUCGGCAUUAUGGCACACUCCAAGCGAGUACUUGCAUAUGACGGUGUUGGAGAUUGACAACUCUUCUACCAAAAACAGAAUAAAGGAAAUCAAUAAUAUUCUUCUGCCACAUAUUGAUCGACUAAUGACUAUUACUGAAAAUGGACCGGAACUUGACAAUCCAUUGAUCUGCUUUGAUGCGAACGCAAUUGCAUUAAGCUUCACAUCCGUUGAUAGAAGUCACAUUAAAUAUAGACUGGAAUUGUACGACUCAAUAGCCUCCUGUGGUAUAGACAUACGGCCACGCUACCAUACACCUUCUGCGCAUAUUACCAUAACAAGAUUUGUAGAAGAUCUCUGUGCGGAAGACUUGAUGAUCUUGUUAGAUCGAAUAAAAACAAUAAAUAGCUCCAUUGUCAAUACAAGAUGGAAGGUUUCCAAUUGUGAGUUCAAUUAUGGUUUCAUAUGGUAUGGUCAACAACUGCAACAUGUAUAG